CUGCUGGGGCGCGCGGGGGUUUUGGGGGGGGCCUGCGCGCGGAGAACAGGCGUGCCCUCUGCUCCUAGCCCGCGGUCGUGGGAGCCGGGGCCGCCCCGCCGGUACCGCCUGUCCCCCUCUCCCCAACCCCCCGGGAAUUCACAAUCUUAACUUAAAAGAAAAUGUCUACUUCUAACGUUGCAGCAAGAGUGGAAACUUGGCUUUCAUCCACGUGGCAUGUUAAAGUUCCUUUGACAUGGCUGGAAGCAUGUAUUAGUUGGAUCCAGGAAGAAAAUAGUGGUAGUGACUUAAGUCAAGCUCAGAUUAACAGGCAGGUAUUCGAGCAAUGGCUUCUUACCGAUCUAAGAGAUUUAGAGUAUCCCAUUUUGCCCGACUGCAUUUCAGAAGCUCCCAAAGGAGAGUUGUCAGGCUUCUACUCCAUACAGAUUGAUUCACUAGUUGAUGUUAGCCAGCCAGCAUAUUUGCAGUUGCAGAAGCUAAGAGGGAAAAAUACUGUAAAUGAAGAAGUAACAGCCAGUACUCAGGCAUUCCAGAACCCCUGGGAAGCAAAGCCUACUCGAAUGCUGAUGCUGCAACUAACUGAUGGGAUACAUCAAAUUCAGGGCAUGGAGUAUCAACCAGUGCCUGUCCUCCACAGUAAUCUGCCUCCUGGCACAAAAAUCACUGUACAGGGUAUCAUUGCAUAUCGUCUUGGAGUCCUUCUGCUUAAACCAGAAAAUGUGAAACUGUUGGGGGGUGAAGUGGAUGCUCUUCUGGAGGAGUAUUCUCAGGAAAGAGUCCUUGCUAGAUUAAUUGGAGAAACUGAAAACCCUAAUUCAGUUGGACAAGCUGGUCAUGACCAAAUUGUUUCAAGGCCCGUGGAUGAAUUAGAACAAACUCUAGGCCCUUCGGAUGAAGAGCUUUUAGCCAGUCUUGAUGAAAAUAAUGAAUUUACUUUAAACAACAAAACAUCUUUAGAAAGUGGAUACUGCAGUAGAAGCAACAAUUUUAGUACAGCCUCAGGUUCACUGACUGCACACAAUGGAAAUGUUUUGCUAUGGGAAUCUGGAAGUCCUUUGCCUCAUUCAGAUGAACAAGUUUCACCUCCCAUAGCAUAUGCUGAUGGCUUUUUUAAUGACUUUCCUUUAGAAGAUGACUUUCUUCUAGAAGAAGAGAUGCAAAGAGAUGAAGUGCCGCCAGUGAACAUGAACAGAAACAUAGGUUUAAUUACUGAGGCACUUCCACAUACAUCUAAAAGCUCCUGCAAUUUAUCUUUAAAUGGCACUUGUGAAAAAGAUGAUGUGAAUGAAAGAGAUAAGCCUGUAGAGACUACCAGCAAGCAAAAGACUUUCGGAGGAACAGUAUUUGAUGGAAAUGGAAAUAGUAUGAGUAGCUUUUCACAGCACAAGAGCGCACAUCAGACCUGCAAUUCUGCAGAUUUUUCUUCGGAAAAUCUUGCUGAAGAAAGGCAGAAUGAUACAGACCUAGAUGAGAGCAGAUGUAAAUCCCAGCACACUUCUGAUAGCAGGCUGUUAAAUGAUGAUCCUGUAUUUUUCUCAAAAACUAAUCCAGAAGCAGAGUCACAGACCUUUCCUUGCAGAGCAGAAGAGGCAUGUUUAGAUUUAGAUUCUCCACCUUUCACAUAUAUUUCCCUUCUCCUUGCAAAAAACCUAGAAACUGUUACAAUUCUGAAAGUUAAGUGUUUUAUUGUUACUCUCACUGGAAAUCUCACAAGCAGCAAUGGGUCUUGGGGUAUAAAGGCAAAAAUUUCUGAUGGUUCAGCUUAUCUUGAAGUAGAUUUUGCUGAUGAUAUUCUAACAAGUUUGAUAGGCUUUUCAGUGUCUGAAAUGAAUAGGAUGAAAAAGGAUCCAGCUUUACAUCUGAAGCUUAAGGAUGGUUUAGAGAAAUGUCAAAAACAACUGAUAGAUCUCUGUUGUUUGAUGACUAUAGAGUUUAAUCCACUUCAGUCUAAAGCCACUGUAUUAAUUCUCCAGGAUGCUGAUGCAAGGCAUCUAGAACAAUUGAAGAAACGUUUGAAUAAAUAAAGUGUGCAAACUUGCAGACUGUAUUAAGAAACAUUUAAGUCAGAUUUCCCCUGAAGGACUGUUAAAAGUUACAUUUUAAGGUUAAGUGGUAUGUCUUUUCUCUUAUCAGGAAAAAUAAUGGAAAAGUGAAAGGAAGAGAUGACUUCUUGGAGCGAAACUUAGCAGUUUCUUUCUUAUGGUGAUAGUAUUGAAAUAAGCUUUCAAGUAUUUCUGUCUUAAUUUAAAAUACUUGUGUAUCAUUUUCAUUCUGCAAAAUCCUUUGUGUCCUUGACUGGUGAUCUGGAGUAGCAGAAUUUGACAUGAAAUGGUUAACAACGAACAAACAAUCUCGUUGUUAUACUUUUUCAAGGAUGAUUACUUACCUGAUUUUUAGAAGGUAGCCAUAGAAGACUAUCAGUCUUUUCUUGGAGGAAAGCAGUUGAGUAAAUUUAAACAAAGAAUUAUUGUUUCAGUGCAGUCACUUCUGACUAUGCCAGCCAGAAAACUUGAAUACAUAUUCAGUGUACAAAAACCUGAAGUGUAAAUAAAUGAAAUAUUUUCUUCUAAAUGUUCAGGUGUGGGGAGAAAAAAACCCCCAACCCUAUACAUAAAUGAGAUUAAAAGCUGUACAUUUAGAAAAAUCAAACAAAAAAAAAAAGCCAAAUAUUUAAAAAUCUUUUAUAAACAGAAAAGAAUUAUUAUAUGGGGAAUCUAUGUUUUGUCAUGUAAUGUUAAUAAUUGCUAAUAGUUUUGAAUCCACAGACAGUCUUAUUCAUUAACUCUUAUGAUUACUUGUCUAACCUUUUCACAAAGUAGUCAAAUAGUUGUGCUACAGACCUGUUGUAUAUGUAUAUUUCAUGUUGGUCUUAAUUUUGAUUAAUUACUUUUUUAAUUUCUGCUUUUAGAAUAUGUAAAAAUAAACAUAAUAAAGUUUUCAUUUAAACUUUGGUAGAAGCUGCUGAGUCAUUUCAGAAGAAAAAUAUACACCUUGUUGAGUGUAUAGAGUAUCAGUAAUGGUUUCAUUGGGUUUUUUUGUUCUUCCUUUUCCUUCUUCCCAUUCUUUUCUCUUGUUUUUUGUUUUUUUCUUUGAAAUUAGAAUAAUUAUUAAAAUUCUGCCAGGGGUAGUGGAUCAACGACAGGAGAAGUCUGCACAGUGUUGAUAGUGUUUGCAAAGAAUGUAAAAUUGGUAGCCAGGGGAGAGAUUUUUCAAUUGGACUGCCA